AUGCCUGCAACAAUUUACACUGCCCAACUACCGUGUUGUCGAGAUAGAUUUGGAGAACAAGCAUGUCAAUCGUUGAGGAAAACACAACCCGCUUUUUUCGAGAAGAGAUGCCUCACCGAUCACGAUUUCAGUUCGAUCGAUUGUUGUGGAGAAUGUCGAAAGUAUAUUGAGAGAAAUAAGAUCAGCUCGGAGAACUCGAGAUCACUUCAAAAGGCACCCAGUCUUUGCAAAGACAAACAUUCGAUCGCGUUCUGCAGAAGGUUCAAAGAUGCCGGAUUGGGAAAAUACAGUUGCUCUGAUGCCGAAUUUGCUGUUCGUGUUUGCCGUCACUCUUGCGGAUACUGCAACGAUGAGCUCUACCUAGCCAAGAAUGCUCCAGCUAUGUGCUCGGAUAGUCACAAGCCGGCGACUUUAGUGAAUGGCACAAACCUCUAUUGGCAAUUUGGCCGGCAAUAA